AUGGCUCGCCAAACCAGUCCCGAAAGCUCUGAACCAUCAAACCCGAGCCAAAACAGCAACUCGGACGGCCCGGACGAGGAGACAGUCAGACACCUUGCUCUAUUCGCCUCGGUACAUGACACCAAUAACAGUGGCAACGGCAAUGGCAGCGGUAGCGGUAGCGGGAACAGACUGUCCCCCGCCCUUCUUCGCGAGCUGGAGGCAGCACCCCUGUUCUCGAGCAAGGUCAAGAAAUGCCUCAACGCCUGGACACAAGACGACGAUCAGGGCCCAAGACUCCCAGCAUACGGACUCUUAGGGCUCCGGACGCGCGCGAUCAACGGGUCAGACGGCGCGACGACGAUGCAGCAAGAUCUUCCCGGGCAGGACAAUCUCAUCUACGCCAACAUGCAGCAUCCGUGGUCGACGUUCAUCUGUGGCCAACAAGGCGCCGGCAAGAGUCACACCAUGUCGUGCUUGCUCGAAAACGCCCUCAUCAGCGAUGGCAGCAUGGGUCCCAAUCCGAUGCCCAUGUCUGGACUCGUCUUCCACUACGACAAAUUCACGUCUCCCAGCGCCACGCAGGUCUGCGAAGCCGCCUACCUCAGCUCGCAGGGCAUCAAGGUGCAAGUGCUCGUCUCACCCUCGAACCUGAACGCCAUGAAACGCCUCUACCGCAACUUGCCGAACUGGCCAUCCGGCGCGCCGAGGCCGAAAGUCAUCCCGUUCCUGUUCAGCGAGAGGCAGCUCAACGUCGCGAACCUCAAAGCGCUCAUGGCCGUAGACAGCGAGGACAAGAACCCGCCCUUGUACAUGGCCAUUGUCAACAAAGUGCUCAAGCAGCUGUCGCUCAAGGACACCACGACCGCGGGCGUCAAGUACCAAGAGAUGAAGUGGGCGGUCACGAAAGAAGGGUUGACGCCGUCGCAAAUGUCCUUCCUCGAAAUGCGCUACAGCCUGAUCGAAUGGUUCCUGAAGGAGACGGCGGCGCCGGCCAUCCGAACCCGAGCGAGAACCAUCGACUUCAGUCCUCAGACAAUCUCGAUCGUCGACCUCAGUUGUCCCUUCAUCACCGAGACCGACGCGUGCAUGCUCUUCUCCAUCUUCCUGCAGAUCUUCCUCGGCCAGCGAGGCAAGAGUCCCCUCAUCAUUGCCCUGGAUGAAGCGCACAAGUUCUUGACAGAGACCCCAGCUGCGAAAGCUUUCUCCGAGGACCUGGUGCAAAUCAUCCGCCAGCAACGCCACCUGGCCACGCGCGUGGUGAUCGCGACGCAGGAGCCGACCAUCUCGCCCAAGCUGCUCGACCUCUGCAACGUGGCCAUCGUGCACCAGUUCCAGUCGCCGGACUGGUACAAGGUGCUGCAGAGGCACGUGGCGGCGCUGGCGGGGCGGAGAAAGGGAAAUGCAGGAGGCGGUGACAUUGACGACAACGACAACGGCGAUGAUGUCUUCAAGACCAUUGUCCGACUGGGCCAAGGGGAGGCGCUGGUCUUCUGUACCAAGGCGUACUUUGACGUAGAUGAGAGUAACGAGAACGAGCCCGAUCUCAGACCGCUGCAGGACGGGUACGCCACGGUCAAGAUCAGAGGCCGGGUCACGGCUGAUGGUGGGAGGAGUAUCCUGGCGUCUGAUGCGGUGGGAGAGGGAGAGGAGGAGCGAGAAGAAAGUGGAUGA